AUUUAAAAACCUUCUUUUUGAUAAAUAAUUUUGGUAAAAUUGUGUUAAAUUGUCUAGUUUACCGCCUUCACCAAAUCAACUGCACUUCUGUCUUAAUCUGAUCGAUUACUCCCUCUUAUCGCCGCCGCCCCAACCACCUCGCUGCCGCUGCCUCCACCCUGGAAUCCGACGUCGUUCACCGGCCCAAAGGCAGUAAGCUACUUUCGCUUUCCAAUUUUCCAACUUUGCGGGAUUCUACUCAUCAAUCAAAAGAAGGUGAGUGAGUAACACUGUAAGGGAGCACUUUGAAGUAGAUGCUUUGAGGAAGACUUUAUUAUUCCCUUGCAUCUGGUAUAUCUUUGAAGUCAAUUCAGAUAUGGCUGCGCUCGAGGCACUGAAAAAGAAGCUUACUCCGUUAUUUGAUGCCGAUAAAGGUUUUUCGUCUGAAACCACCCUUGAAUGUGGUGAUUCUGAUAUGCUCUCAGAUGGUGGAACCAUUAACUUGCUGAGCAGAUCAUAUGGAGUUUACAACUUUAAUGAGUUAGGAUUGCAAAAAUGCUCUUCAUCUCCAGUGGAUGAAAGCAGUCCUAGUGAAAAGACAUAUCGGAUUGCAUCCCGUGAGAUGAGGGUUUUUGGAGCUAUAGGCAGUGGUGCAAGUAGUAUUGUUCAGAGAGCUAUACACAUUCCCACUCAUAGAAUUAUUGCAUUGAAGAAAAUUAACAUUUUUGAGAAGGAGAAACGACAACAGCUCCUUACUGAGAUCAGGACGCUCUGCGAAGCACCUUGUUCUGAGGGACUAGUAGAAUUCUAUGGGGCAUUUUAUAUUCCCGACUCUGGACAAAUUAGUAUUGCUUUGGAGUACAUGAAUGGCGGAUCUCUUGCAGAUAUCAUUACAGUUCAGAAGUUUAUACCAGAACCUCUUCUUUCAUCUAUUGUCCGAAAGCUUCUAUUGGGACUAAGCUACUUGCACGGAGCUCGACAUUUGGUGCAUAGAGACAUUAAACCAGCCAAUUUGCUUAUCGACCUCAAGGGAGAGCCAAAGAUAACAGAUUUUGGUAUAAGUGCUGGACUGGAAAAUUCUAUGGCAAUGUGUGCCACCUUUAUUGGAACUGUCACAUAUAUGUCUCCAGAGAGAAUUCGUAAUGAGUCAUAUUCAUACCCAGCUGAUAUUUGGAGCCUUGGUCUUGCACUUUUUGAGUGUGGUACAGGAGAGUUUCCUUAUAUUGCAAACGAUGGACCCGUUAAUCUCAUGCUACAGAUCUUGGAUGAUCCUUCUCCCUCACCAUCCAAGGAAAAAUUCUCGUCAGAAUUUUGCUCAUUUAUUGAUGCUUGUCUACAAAAGGAUCCUGAGACACGGCCCACAGCGGAACAACUUCUUUCACAUCCAUUUAUUACAAAGUACAAGGAUUCUCAAGUUGACUUAGCAGCUUUUGUUCAAAGGGUUUUCGAUCCUGUGCAGAAGUUGAAGGAUUUGGCUGACAUGCUUGGUAUCCACUAUUACUUGCUCUUUGAUGGACCUGAUGAUGAAGAGUGGCAACAUGUGAAGUCGCUCUACAGCGAAGAAUCUGUUUUCAGUUUUUCUGGGGCUCAAUAUGUAGGAUCAAAUGAUAUCUUCACAAAAUUGUCAGAUGUACGGAGAACCCUAGCAGGCAAAUGGCCUCCUGAGAAGCUCAUCCACGUUGUAGAGAAACUGCAGUGUCGUGCUCAUGGUAGAGGUGGAGUUGCAAUUCGUGUAUCCGGAUCUUUGAUUGUUGGAAACCAGUUUAUUAUAUGUGGUGAUGGUAUGCAAGUAGAGGGCUUGCCAAAUUUUAGAGAUCUCGACAUUGAUAUAUCAAGCAAACAAAUGGGAACAUUUAAAGAGCAAUUUAUCAUUGAAGCAGGAGAUGCCAUCGGAUGUUACUACAUUACUAGUCAAGAGCUUUACAUCAUGUCAUCAAACAGUUAAGAUCGCAACACACCUUCUUUUAGCCACGAGGCUAUUGUAUUCCACUAAGAGUUAUAGUUCUUUAAGUUAUGGAGAGAUGGGGUAUCUUUCAUUUGGAUAACAAAUGAGGAAGGAAGGGAAUUGGAGGGGAGAGAAAUUGAGGGAUUAAAUUGUAGGAAAUUGAUCCCUCUAACAAUGGAGAGAUUUGGAAGGAAAACUCACCAUUCUUCCCUCCCCUCCCUUUCUCUCCCCUCCUCUUCUCCUCCCUCCCCUUCUUUUCCUUCCCCUUUCUUUAUCCAAACAUACUCUUAAGUCAUUAGAACUGUGUAACUUGUAAAUCUAAUUUGUAUAGUGAUACUAGCUACAGAGUAGCAUCAAUUAUUCAAUUACAAUUCAAAUUGUAGAUAUAUUAAGCUUAUUUUGCAACUACUGAGAAUAAUGUAUGUGUAAAAUUGUAUUGUAAUUUUAACAAAAAUAACAUCUCAAGUUUGUAAUAUCUCAAUACACAAGUUUGUUAUA